GAUAUACCGUACCGUGAGUGUUGACACCGGUCCGGUUAAGGAAAAAGACAUUUCAAUCUAUUAAAAUUUUGUGAUUCCGUGGACCGUUUAGCACCAAUCAACCAUGAGUUUCCAAGAGGAAUGGGAGAGGAAGAAAGAGGAAAGACAUCGCAAACGCAUAGAGUCGAUGGAUGGAGGAGUUACAAAUGGUUCAGUUUCCCCAACCACCAAGACCUCUCAUGUGAUAGUCCCAAGUGUACAGCUGAAACAAACUCCUAAGUCACCAAUGGUGGCAAAGAAUGUGAGUAAUGGAGAGAAAACACUCAACGAAGCAGAGAAGAAGGCUGAGGAGUUGCGCCAAAAACGAGAGCAGGAGCGUGUGGAGGCAGAGCAACGAGUGCAGCAGGAGUUCACCAUGACAACCGUCUCCAUGACUCCAGAACGCAAGGAGGAGAUUCGUAGAGCUCGUGAAGAACGUGAGCAACAAGAGAAACAAGAGGCUGAAGAGCGGAAGGCUAGAGCUGAGGAGGAAACUCGUAAGAUGAGAGAAGAGAUCCAGCUUCGUCGUCAGGAAGCCGAGGCUAAACGCAAGAAGGCAGAAGAAGAGAAUCAGACGGUGUAUUCUAUUCCAAAGUACAACAUAGCUGAAAACAUCGCUAGAGCUAAGCAAGAGAAGAUGCAGACUUCCGCCGAGAUGAUGGCUGAGAGGGAGAAGAGGGUGGAGGAGAACAUUCCUCAGAUACGCAUCAGCGCCCACGACUCUGAAGAGCGCCUCCGUGAGAUCGCCGAGAUCCUCCACACCAAGCUGGUGGAGGUGUACAGUGAUAUGUAUGACCUUGAGCAGAGGAAGGAGAGGCAGGAGUACGAUCUUAAUGAGAUGAAUGCUCGCAUCAAAGAUCUUGCCAAACACAAGACUGUUAAGGUUACCCCUGUCGAUCAAGGGCAUGUCAGCAUGCUGAAGGAAAAGGGAUUCACGUUUGAUGACAAGGCUGCCAAACAGAAGCAGAAUGUAGAUCUCAAGGCAAGCCUGCCCUCUACUGGUCACAUUGCAGACAGGCUUCAAAAGCUUCAGAACAACCUCAAGAAGGAUGCGGAGACCCCAGACAAGAAUCUAAAAAAGGAGCCGAUCAAGAUAACAUACAGCACUCCAGAUCAACUGAAAGAGGACCUAGAGGCUAAUAAGCGAGAUGCUGAGAAAUUCAAACAACAGAGGGAGGAGAAUCGUAAGAAGAGGGAGGUGGAGAUGAGUAAGAUGGAGCAACUCCAGGAAGAGAGACAAAAGAAAGCUGAAGAGGAGCGUAAGAAGCAGACGGAGGAAAGAGAACGGCUCAAGAGAGAGAAGGAGGAGAAGGAGAAGACUAGAAGGAACAUGAUUAACCCGUCUGGAGCCCCUAUCAACAUCUCUAAAGUUGUAUCACAGCAGAAGGCUAAGAAUCGGGAACAAACCCUCGCUGACCGGGUCCCAACGAUGACCAUCACGAGCACAACCACGGAAGCCGAGCUGCGUAACUUUGCCAACGACCUCUACAACAAGCUCAAGACUACCUUAGGUGAUGUUUUUGAUCUCGAUGAACAGAAGAAGAAGAAUGAGUACUAUCUAAAUGAACUAGAUGAACGGGUUGGAGUCUUGAAGAGUACCAAGUCUUCACCAGCGGUGAGCUCUGGGAUUGUGAGCAAGAUGAAAGAUGGAGGCUCUUGGACACCAAAGAAACAGAAUGACGUGGGCAAAUCUUUCAAGCCUAAGGAGCGAGGUGGCAUAGCCUCGGAGGGUGGGGUACGGGGGCGCUUGGCCAUGUUUUCUGGGGGAGGGGACUCUACAGACUCCCCACCAAAGAAAUCAACUCCUGCUAAGGUCAACAUUUACAAGUAAAGCUGACAACUCUUGAUGGAACUGGAAUGUGAACAGAGAUGACCAAACUGUUUGAGUUUGUUAUACAUUAUAUACAUUAGCUUUAAGAUUAUAUUUAUUCUUCGUAGUAAUCUGUGUUAUGCUAACUUGUGAUCGAUUCGAAACACUACACAUUUAAGGAUUAUAGAUAAUGAAGAGUUACUGUAGAGAGUCUAAUCAGUAGCUUGCUAUUUUUAUUUACAUAAUGUUCUUUGGUAUCGUCUG